AGGGAUGUAUUCCUCUAUACGAUCAAGAAGUGGUAGCGUCGAGAGAGCAGAGCGAACACCUGCUUCGAGUAUGACACGGUCGACCUAUACACCUCGGGAUACGGCAUUAUCGUCUCACUCAUAUCGAGCCAGUUCCGUUGAUCCCUAUGCAACAAGUGGAAGCAGUACAAGAAAACCAAUGACAUCGACACCGUACUGGACAGAUCGAGUGUCGACGACGCCGUCGUCGACGUCGUACUCGAGACCGACCUAUUCGGGAAUGUCCCAUUCUUAUCAUCAUGAUUACUCGACGCCAACACGGACCGCCGGCAGAUACAGCAGCACGGAACAACUUCACUAUAAAUCACCAUACAGUAAAACUAGUUCUGCUUAUGGUAGCACAUCCCUACUUCGCUCUAGUCGAGCCGGAAGCACAGGAGGUAUUUCCGCAUCAGACUACAAUCCAUCUUCUUCUUUCAGCUCCAGUAGCCUGGCUAGAUAUCGUCCCUCUUACUCCUCCUCUACCGGAAUCUCUUCCUACCAGCCAAGGAACAGUUUCGAAUAUCGAUCGAAAACUCCGGGUUAUGAGAGGAGUACCCCAACACGAGUCAGUGCUUUCGAACGUGAAUGUCGAUCAAUGUCUAGAAGUGAGAAAACACCGAUUGAUGAGGACGAUGAAGUGGAGAAGACGUUUCAAAAACUCUACCACAAGUACGUAAAGGAGGAUGAUUCUGACAGAGAGAGUGACAGAAGUGGUGGAGGAAGCAAUAAUAAAGCAACUAUUCGUCCCUUCAUCUCACAUAGCGAAGCGGAAGAUGGUGGACUGUCGUCAGAAGAAGAACAAAGCCCUGACGAACUUGAUGAGUCAUUUGCUGAGCAACUUCGUACUAUUCGACAAAGGGCGGACACAUCCAUCACUCCCCGUGGCUCCAGGAAAAACUCACCAGAUGCGACUCCGAAAUGUUCGCCUAUGAUGCCACGGAAACGAGAAGAUCUAGCAGGCAAUAAUACACAAAGUAUGAAGCAGAUGGCGGAGAAGAAAGAAACGUCUAACACUGAUGUGUCCGCAGCGACAGUGAAACCAGUUGCAACCGAGGGCAAGAACAUUAGUCGCGACUCAUCGACCACAAAACUGACAGAAGCAAUUGAGAAAAAGAAAUCACCAGCACCAACAGCAUCCGCAAUCGAAAACAACAAAGCAGCUGACUCAAAAACCAUCAAGCAAACGCCAUCCAGAAGUGUCAGCCCGAAUGUUGCGCCAGUGUCAGCGCAGAAGAUGAGCUCAUCUUCUACGAAAACUUCUGCAAGUAAUUCAACAGCGAAGGAGGAAACGGCAGCUUCAGCAAAACCAAUUCAAAGUUCUGUCUCGGCUUCACCUAAAGCACCAUCGCUUGCACCAACCAAAGCUCCAUCUGCUGUCAGUGCUGCUGAAAAGAAGAGUGAUACACCAACGCCAACCAGUAAAGAAGUUAUCCAAACCAAACCAACUUCACCCGCUACCGUAACCAAAAGUCCCUUACCCACAGCCAGCAAGGAAUCCACUCCAGCCAAAGCUCCCCAGACAUCGCAACCAACGACAAAAAGUCUUACACCAACCCCAACCAAGAAAGAAACCACGCCAGCUGCUGCAAGUAGUAAAAUACCCGUUUCUACCAUGGAUCCUACUCCAAAAAACAAAUCCCCUGCUGAGACUGCGAAAGCAAAAAGCGAGGAAAAAGCAGCUCCACUACCCAUUAUAGUAACAUCGUCCGUAGAAAAUGCAACAGAGCGAAAACAGUCAGAGCCUACGGCUGAGUUCACAAUUUCGCUGAAUGGCGUGAGGAAGAGAGAAGGAACCCGAUCGUCAAGUCCAGAACGUCACAGAGAGGGUACGCCACAAUUUCUUACUGUAGAAGGCAAAGAGCCAAGGAAACUAGACUCUCAUCAUCAUCAUAAAAUGCGUUCAGCAAGUCCGUUGAGCGAUCAUUCACAAAACGAUAAUGCGCAUGAAGACGACGAUGCUAAAAAAGCACAUCGCAAGCGACGCGAUCCAAACCGCACUCUCGAAAAUCUGAAAGAAAAACUUGAAGAGGAAAAGAUCAAGCCGGGAGCGGAAAACCACAAUCGUGAAGGCUCGCCAGCAAGUGAGGAUUCCACCGAGCGUAAGAAUCAACCAAAACCUCCGUUGCUGAUGGUCACCGACGCAUCUGCGCCAUCAACUCCAAUGACCACGACUGUACAGCUGUGGGACGAAUCGACCGAAGGCGAAUGGACUGAGGCGGAGGAUGAGGCUGACUAUGGAUCCGACUAUGAAUACUCAGUGUCGCAGACGUUCAGUCUCAGGGAUUGCAUGCCAAUAGGGGACCUGUAUCCGCUGUCGCGUUCAUCUUCACGAUGUUCUACUUUCGCGUCGGAUUACGACAGCGACUCCAGCAUGCCACUAUUCUUACUUCCAUCGAGAGCUGAAGAAUCUCGUGGACGAGUUGAUCGACUAUUGGCCAAUCCACCUCCAUCUUUCACGUGUUCAAUCACUUAUGAUGGACAAGAGAGCUGGGAUGAAGAAAGUUUGCAUUCUUGCACCGAUUUUGACGACGAGUUUUCCGGUCGACAUUCUCGAUUCAGCCGCCCCGGAUCUUCUGCAUAUCUCAGUCCAACAACAUAUUCGUCUGAUGAGGACUUCGACGGUCAGCACUAUCAUGACGAAGUGGACGUUGGCUGUACGCUUCGGUUAGUGGACAAAGCAGCGAUGCGGGGUGACAGCGAAGAAGACUCAGAAUACUACGAUGACGAAGAGUACUCCGACGAAGAAUAUUGGGAAGAGGAGGAAUACGACGAGGAAGAGGAGUAUGAAGAGGAAGAAGAGUAUGAGGAGGACGAAGAAGAGGAGGUUGAAGAUGAAAUGCAUAGCUUAGAGGAAAGCGGCGACGAAAGUAGAAAGUCCCCUUAUCCAUUAGUUGUCACCAGACCGGAAGAUAUCGAAGUGGAGUGUCUGAGUUUUGAAGAAGCUGAUGCUGAGUUUGAGGUGGACGCGACAUUUGAGAUAGCUGAACCGAAACUGAUCGAAAAACCGCAUGAAAUUCCUGAGAAGCACCGUGAGGUCACCUACACCGAAGAUCUCGAGCUGAAAACAGAAGAGGAAAAAGCUGAACAAUUACGACUUGAGCAAGAAGAAGCAGCUAAAGCCAUAAAGAAGCGAGUCGUCAAAGAUGGACACAGUGAAAAAGCUGGAGCGACCAGAAUUCCUCAGCACGUCGUGCCAGCCGAGGAGAUGGUGCAACUGGACGAAAGCGAAAUUUUGCCAGAGGAGGAGAUUUGCGAACUUGAGGCGCGUCCGUACGAGGUCGAGACUGGCAAAACGGAAGUGAAUGUUGUGCCGACGUAUGUUAGGCCAACUACCGAAAAGGUGCCGGAGGAAUCAGCAAAUCGACUUGCUGACAAGAAGGUGCCUACUGAUUUUGCAUACAAACAUGUGAUCCAACCGCCAAAGCUUGAAACGGCAGCCGUGCAGAAAAUUGAGACGAAAAUUGCACCCGAGAAGCUACCGGAACUGCCUGCAAACGAGAAGAGAACAGAAAAGACACCAGCGAUUAAGUCAGAUAAAGCCAAGCCAGGUGAUACCAAGGCCGAACAAUCGUUGGAAAGACUAAGCGGCGAUGCGAAAACGACAAAGGCAACCGAAGAUAAGAGUGGAGUGCGAAAAUCGGCGCUUAACAUGACAGCCGAAGAUGCGAAAAAGAAAGCCGCAGCCGACGAGGAAGCCGCUAAACAAAAAGCACGUCGUCUUGGAACUGUCAGCUCACUUCUGAAUAAAUUUACUGAACCAGAAAUCAAGGAAGAACCGAUAACAUAUAAACGCUCGCCCUAUUUGGAACAGAAAGAAAUUGAACGACCUAAGAAAAAGUACAACAUCGUCAAACCUCCAGUUGAUGACGAUUUUGAUAAGCAGAUGGAAGAGAUUCGAAAACAAAUGAAGACCGGGUCAAAUCAGUUCCAGAGCCAGUUGUUGGACCUCUCUAAGGGUAUUACUAUAUCGGCCGAAGACAUGAAGAAACGCGCAGAAAGUGAGAAGCAUAAGAUGAUCAUCGAUUCCGUUACUGGAGCGUUUGUAAAAGCAGACGAGGAGAAAGCACGCUGGAAAGAACGACGAGAUGCUGAAACUGAACGUGAGCUGGCAAGAAUCGAAGCCGAGAAACCACAUAAGAAGAAGGUCAUGAUUGAACAACCGAAAAAGGAGCCAGAAAAACCCGCCGAACCAAAACGAACUGUGCGAAAAAUUGUCAAAGAUAAGCAAGCCACCGCCGCACCAGCAGCUGCCAAAGUUCCAAGCUUCGCCAUGGUGCCGAAACCUCUUCAGGCUCCACCGAAGACGGCGGCGGGACCUACGGUAGCGCCCACACCGGUAGCCCCAGCCAAAAUGGCGCCAACGGCAAAAAUGUCUACGACAGCAGCAACACCUCCUACUGCCCCCGUGAUGAAAUUCGCUUUUGUUCCAAAGGUGAAAUCACCUCCACCAGGUGCUCCGACUGCUUCUUCAUCAGCUCCCACUGCUGCUCCUCCUCAGGUCAGAGCUACUGUAGCUCAGCACAAGGUGCAGGCAGCUAUGGAGAAGCCAAAGCUGCCAAAAAGUGAAAAUAUCAUCAACGAGGAUACUUACGACUUGUUUGAGGCUGCAACUAAUGUGGCAACACGACGGCGCAAGAGUCUCGUCGAAAUGAAAGCCCGCAAGGAACAGCAAGCGAAAAGCGCACAGGAAGUGAAAGAAACGGCAGCUGUUGCUCCUAAAGCGGUCCCCAAAGGCGAUGGUGCUUCGGCAACUAAGAUUCGAAAUGCACUUGGCAAUGCAACAAAUCUCCGUAAGGACAGUCCUUCGCCAAAACCAACGGACUUAGAGAAACCAUCAAAGCGCUAUAGCGCAAGAAGGAAAACGCAGGAAAUUGUCAAUGAGUCAGCUGAACCUAAAAUCAAAAAGAGGAAACAGCUGUUCAAGCGGAAUAGGUUUACACGAGAUCCACAUGAUAUUGACAUCUUGCUAGGAUGGGAGAAAGAGAACACUUUCGAAUUGAUGGAGGAAAUGUUUGCGAGUGCCGGUAAGGAACGAGUAAAUGCCUCUACGAAUAAGAAAGUGAAACGUGCUCCGGCAUCAAAGAUCUGGAUAAGUGAUCUGACUGACAUCGACAAGAUCUACAAAGCAUCAGAGAUCAGGGAUAUCAUCGCGUCAGCGAACGAUGUGAAAAGGCAAGCCAUGUGUGCGAACAACAAUAUGCGCAAUAAUACUCUACGCAAACCAUUUUGCUUUGCAUCAUAAGAUGAGAGUGGAAGUGUAUAUAAGCUUUAAACUAUAAUUUCCCAGAUAUUCUGAUAAAUUUAUGUGUUAUGUGUUUUAGUUGUGUACCUGUCCUUAUUUGUGUGUUCAUGUCCUUGUGUAUGUGUUGCGUGUAUCUUCAUAUCUGUAAAAAAAAACUGUUUUGUAAACAAGUCUUUAUUUUCACACU